AUGUUCCCUUGGGCACCCCUAAGCGAUCGUGAUAGGUUCUAUUCCUCACAUAAUGGAACUCGUUACGUUUUAUAUACUUGGCAACCCAAUCGCAGUUUAUACACUGCCGACGAGGAUGCACCUAUCGAAUCUUUAUUUGUAUGGGACAUGCCAGAACCGUCGGAUUAUCGGGCUUCAAUAGACCCUUCAAGUCUUCAUAAACCCAGCUCCUCAGGGCCCUUUGUAGUGGCGAAAUUUAACUUACGAGACUUGGACUUUUACUCUGUUCGACAACGUGGAGCACCCAAAAUGAUUCGAUUGGACAUCGAUAGCGAAACUAACGUACUGGACAUCACGGAGAGUAUAAAUCCUGAAUACCAGAUCGAGCUUAGCAAUAUGCCCGAUGUCCAAGUCACCAGUAUCCCCUUCCUUAGCCACGGCCCAGUCUGGCGACGGCAUCUCGAACUCCGCAUUCCUCCAUAUCGUGGCAAUACUAGCAUGUAUAACCGUUCUAUCCGAGGUCCCUAUUUCUAG